AUGCAUCUAAAAUUGUUGUUUCUCUGCGUCUCUCUGAUCCCUGUUAUCUCUGCGGUAUUUACCGCAGCCGGUAUCCGAGCCCUCGUCGAUGGACACAAUGCAUUCCGCAGAAAAAUCGCCAAAGGACAAUACCACCAAAAAUACGGAAAAUUCCCGGAAGCAUCAAAUAUGCGAAAAAUCCAUUGGGAUAGAAAUUUGGCACAAGGAGCGCAAGCAUUCGCAAAUCGUCAUCCAAAUGGACACGAUGAUAAUUGUAAAACGGGAGAAAAUAUGUAUUGGAUGUAUGAUAUGGGACCGACUUCGCAUGAUUCACACGCUCCGAGAGCUAUCAAAAUGUGGGGAGAUGAGUUUAUUAGUCUUGGAAUGGUCGGGAUAAAAACUGGAAAUGGUGUUGGAGCAAAUGGACAUGCUACUCAAAUGGCUUGGGCUGAUACAAGCAAGGUAGUUCUUCGUAGUCUUUUGAAAAUUUUUAAAUUCUAAAACUAAAAUUACAGCUUGGCUGCGGUAUUUCGAACUGGAAAGAUGGAAAAUAUAUGAAAACUGUGGUUGUUUGUCGUUAUAUGUCGCCAGGAAACUGGCCAAAUGCUUUGAUGUAUAAACCGGGCGCACCUGCAAGUCGCUGCCCAGCUGGAACAAGACCUGACAAUGGAUUGUGCGCAUGA